UUCAGAUUGCUGCAGCUCCCAGUGCAGACUCACCUGUGGCCUUUACAUUCAAAACCUUUUUUCCUCUGUGAUUUCUUGCCUGUCCUCUCCCUCCCUCCUGCUGCGACUGUGCGACUGUGGCCCAGGUGUGGACAUGAUCAGUAAGAUGCUGAAGAUGCAGAUGCUGGAGGACGAGGACGACCUGGCCUACGCUGAGACCGAGAAGAAGACGAGGACAGACUCCACGUCCGACGGGCGCCCCGCCUGGAUGCGGACGCUGCACACCACCGCGUCCAACUGGCUCCACCUCAUCCCCCAGACGCUGAGCCACCUCAAGCGCACCGUGGAGAACAUCAAGGAUCCUUUGUUCAGGUUCUUUGAGAGAGAAGUGAAGAUGGGCGCGAAGCUGCUUCAGGACGUUCGCCAGGACCUCGCGGAUGUCGUCCAGGUGUGCGAAGGAAAGAAGAAGCAGACCAACUACCUGCGCACACUGAUCAACGAGCUGGUGAAAGGAAUCCUGCCUCGGAGCUGGUCCCACUACACGGUGCCUGCCGGCAUGACGGUCAUCCAGUGGGUGUCCGACUUCAGCGAGAGGAUCAAACAGCUGCAGAACAUCUCACAGGCGGCCGCGUCUGGUGGCGCCAAGGAACUGAAGAACAUCCACGUGUGCCUGGGUGGCCUGUUCGUGCCUGAGGCGUACAUCACUGCCACCAGGCAGUACGUGGCCCAGGCCAACAGCUGGUCCCUGGAGGAGCUCUGCCUGGAAGUCAACGUCACCACCUCACAGAGUGCCACCCUUGACGCCUGCAGCUUUGGCGUCACAGGUUUGAAACUUCAAGGGGCCACAUGCAACAACAACAAGCUGUCACUGUCCAACGCCAUCUCAACCGCCCUGCCCCUGACGCAGCUGCGCUGGGUGAAGCAGACCAAUUCGGAGAAGAAGGCCACUGUGGUGACCCUACCCGUCUACCUGAACUUCACCCGUGCAGACCUUAUCUUCACCGUCGACUUUGAAAUUGCUACAAAGGAAGAUCCUCGCAGCUUCUACGAGCGGGGUGUUGCAGUCUUGUGCACAGAGUAGGACUAAACUUUUUUCUCGCUCCCCUUUCUGUAAUAGUGAGAGCUGCUAUUUAACAUGUAUUCAUUAUUAAAAUGUUUGGAAGGUCUGAGCUUGUGAAAAGGAAGUGGUUGGUUUGAGACUGGAGGAAGCUGAACGGAAUCUGACAGUUGGGAGUGGUGGGAAUGGGAAGGAUACCAGGUGUUUGGGAGGGCCAGUGGCAUGGCUCCUUUGAGGAAAUAAAACACUAAGCAUGAGC